GCUCUGCGGCCGCUGCUCGAAUGUCCCCAGGGCAGGGGACAGCCGCGCCCCCACCGCCCCCCGGUGGCAGCCGUUCCCAGGAUGUGCCCUCAGCGGGACAUCGGGCCUGGCCUUGGGUCAAGGAAUGACCUCCGCCCGUGCUGCCUCGGUCACUGCGGUGAUGAGCUGGGGAGGGCUCAGUGCAGCCUGGCCCGGCACUGAUCGUGUUUCCUUCACCCCGGCGCUGGCUCCUGACCCCGCCGAGCCCUUCGCCAUGACCCAAAGCUUCUGGAGGCUCUACAAGGCUAAAGUGCUGCAGACCCUGGGGGGAGCGCAGGCGGACGGGGUGCUGCGGGAGGAGGGAGACACCCCCGAGCUGAUGGAGACAGCCGAGAGCCCUGCGUUGAUGGAGGAGGGACCCAGCCCAGUGUCCCAGCUGGUGAGGAAGGUGCAGGGGGUGGGUGCCCGCGGCUGGAGGACGCUUUCGUCCCUCUUCACCCGUGAGGACGAGCACCAGCUGCUCAGCCCGGAGCCCUGCGCAGAUCACCCCCUGGCAGCCUCCCCGCCCGAGCCGCCCCCCGCCGAGAAGGCGUCUGGCUUUUGGGAUCUCUUCGCUACCAAGUGGCAGCAAGCACCGGGGCCCGACAAGGGGGUGACCCCCCCGGAACCAAGUGAGAGCCCUGGGGAGCCACCGGGUGAGGAUGACAGCGACCUGCGGGAGCCGGAGGAAGGCGCCUUCCACUGGGGCUUCCUGGCUGGUAAACUGGCCGAAAUCCGGAAUAAAAGCGCCCCCAAGGGCAACUAGAGCAGGCUGAGCUGGCAGGACGCUCCAGCAGUGCAGGCGCCCCCACGCACACUGCUGGCGGGCACCCCCCUGCCGCUGCUUGAGGGUUCCGCGGUGGCUUUCAGCGACAUGUCAGCACUAAAGACCCUGAGGUGCCCCUUUUA